UUUGGGUGAAUUAUUCCUUUCAAGUCAUCUGCAAAAUCAUGCAAAGUGGAAACCCCUAAACACCUUAUUUUUUACUGUAAAAUCCUUCUAACUUCCUUCUCCAUACAAGAAGAACAGCAUUCCUCUUACACAUUUGAGAAGUUGAAACAUUUACGCACGUCCCAAGUGUGUUUACAGAGCAGAAAAAAGUCAAACAUUACCGAGACAAUCACAUUGAAGGAUGACUGUGAGGAUGCCCAUCAACACAAAUCCAAAAAGCAAAUGGCCAACAUUGGGUCACAUCCUGGGUAAACUCAGUCCAGCGGGUUCAAUACCUCAGGACGUUAAACGUACAAUGUUGUACCUAACAUCACUAGGGAUUCUGCACAUUACAGUGGGAAUCCUCAACAUCACAACAGGAAUUUUGUUUGCAAACUGGGGGAUACAUGAUAACAUUAUGAUUUUGUAUGGUCCCUUUUGGCUUGGUGCUGUGUUCCUCAUUAUGACUCUUCUUGUAGGCUGCUGUAGGAGUGUUGUUUUGGAUAUUUUAUCUUUGUUCCUAAACCAAGUCAGUGCUUAUGUGGCUGUAAAGCGUAUUGCAUUGUAUUCAUGGGAUUUGGUGAGCGUGAACUAUUAUUCAGCCAAUGAUUAUUCAGCAACACUCAUCCAAGAACAGAGGAAGGGAGCUGAUGCCUUUCUGUACUUUGAAGAUUCAAAUAUGAUGUUUCGAAGGACCCUAGAUGUCAUGAUGAUAGCUUUGGCUGUUCUUCAGUACUGCUUAAGCAUCUAUUUUAUUCUCAAAGUAGUGAGAGUAUUUGUCGAGAAGAAUGGACAAUGGGACAAACAGACCCAGUUCCGGUAGAUGUGAAAGUCGGCACACCUCUGAUCUACUGGUCGUCCUUCAACGUGAUGCCCAGCUGAUGCCUGACCAACGAUCACCCGCUUAAUCUCCGCUUAAUCUCCUUAUCCGUUUAUAUGUGUAAAUACAUAUAUAUCUCUCAAGGGUUUUUCCCUCCUAGGACUUUUUUUUAUUUCCUCGGCUAAACAGCCCGGGGUUUUUUUAUCCUAGGGGUUUUUUACCCCGGGGAAGCAGCCUUCUUGGGCUUAACUUAGCUUCCUCUUCUAGACGUUACAUUAGUAUACGCUCGCUUAUAAUGUCGAGUCAAAGCCGCAGCAAAUUUGACUGCUUAUGCUAUCGUGUAUUAUGUUGUGCUAUCUGUUGUUUUUCUGUGCUUUUACUGCUUCUAUUAAUGUAAAGCUGCUUUGAAACAAUUAAGUAUUGUGAAAAGCGCUAUAUAAAUAAAAUUGAAUUGAAUUGAAUUGUAGUACACGGAUCUGGUAGCUGUGUUGAAAAAGUUGUUAAAGUUAACUUUUUAAAAUAACUUUCUCUGUCUGGGUUGCUUCACUGCUGAUUCUUGCCAUACUUCCAUUGCCAAUAUGCACGCGCAUACACUGUAAAAAGUCAUUCUGCAGGCUUGUAGAUUUGAUGAAAUUGAAUAUGUAAACUUUAUUUAAUAAAAUUAAUUUCAUGUAGUUUGGAAUUUUUUUGUGUUAAAAUUCUUUAAAAAUGACUGGAAUAAAAACAACUUAUUGUUUUUAUGAAGGAUUUAGCUAUUCUUAUUGUGUAUCUGCGCAUGUAGCGAAUACUGAAUAAAUCCAACGCAAUACGAAUCAGCUGUUUUUUAAAUUAAAAACCUUUCCGGGUUGAUAUGGAGGUCGUGAGCGCUGAGCAGACGGAUUUAGGAAAUAUUUCUGUUAUUGUGCCAAAAUUCAAAGUUUUGAAAGCAUUUCAGUCGAGAAAUUUUUAAACAAGAAUCUGCAGUAGGUUCAUAAAGAUAUCGCCUAUUUAAACAUUUCCUUCACGUUUUUGGCGAUGGGAGCUCCAGAUAAUUAGCGGGCGCUCCGCGCUUAUAUAUACCAGGACAACGACGCCUCACCUCGGCCAGUCUUGCUGAAAAUCUCUGCUGGCUGUGACGUCAAUGUAGUGUUUAAACUGGAUAAAAUUCAUUUCGGGUAAAUUUAAAGGGCAAUCCUUGGUCGUAUAAGUCUAUAAGCAUUGUGUCUUUGUAUAAUUUGUUUGUAAUUUGUAAAUAUUAAUUAAAAUAAGGAUUAAUAUGAACUGGGUUUGGACGUAACUUCAGCUUUAGGACCUAGGAGGUCGCAUAUCUAGGAUGCAUUCAUCGAUUCGCAUGCUGCGAUUGGUGGUCCAGAUGCAACUCAUUUUGAGUGACAGAAAAACUGACCAUCAUACUGUUCUUCUGAAUGGGUGGGUUCUCUUAUCACUUAUUCUCAUAGAUGUGUCUAUUAUGACAAAUUCUGCUCGCUUGCUCGCUCGGUUCGUGUUUUAAAGAUAAAUGUGACUUUACUGCGGUCUUUUUCUGUUUAUUUAGUUUUGUGUUAAUUAUAUCCACAAAGUAUUCGAAUAAAUUGGUAAUGUAAAACUAUUCUCCGCUGUAAAUUAAUUGUGUGCUCAACUGCGACGCCCUGUGUUGAAUUUUCCUGCGGAAAACAUGAAUCAUUGCUGACUGAAUUGUUUGACAAAGGCCUCUUACUGGAGUACAGUAUCAUUACUGAGGGGAAAUAUAACAUUAUUCAUUUAAUUCCACAAAAGGUAAGUAAGAUAUUAAAUGUAUAAGUUGUCUUUUUAAAAUGUUUAAGCUUUCUACAUAAUGUAAAUUAAACAUUUAUUAUUAUUAUUAUUAUUAAUUUUGCGACCUAUUAUCUAAAUUGUGUGUUCAUGAAGGCCUGAAGCAACGUGAAACGUUGCUGAGGGAGAACUUUAUUCACAACAAAAGGAUAAAGAUGAAGAGGCGGGACUUGAGCAGCUUGUGAUGGCUGUAAUUGUAAAGAAUGUAUUUUCUAGGAGUGGAAGCCCAAAGGAUGCUGGAAUUGUUAUCGAGGCCUUAAAGGUGUUCCCAGGGCAUGCUUUAUACUCAUUGGAUUGGAUUGGAUCUAUGCAUUGAAUCUUCAGUAUCCCAGGCAUCUUUUCAGGUGUUUCAGAAACUUUUCUUGGAGCUGGAUUCUUCAAAGUUUAUAAACUGAUUACAGUACAGUAAGUCUAAACUGCUGUCUGAUGUUCUGGGUGUGAAUCAAUGUAACAGAACACAAACAUGGAACC